AUGACAGGUCUACUGAAGAAACAAGGCAUCAUUCACAAGGUGGCGAUAGCUUAUCAUCCCCAGACUAAUGGGCAAGCCGAGGUGUCAAAUAGGGAGAUCAAGCGCAUAUUAGAGAAGAUUGUGAAGCCUCACAUGAAGGACUGGAGUGCUCGACUGGCAGAUGCGCUUUGGGGUUAUCGAAUUGCAUACAAGACACCCAUCGGAAUGAGUCCAUUCCGCCUCAUCUACAGAAAGGCAUAUCACCUUCCAGUGGAAGUGGAACACAAUGCAUACUGGGCGGUGAAGGAAUGCAACUUAGGAUUGGGGGAAGCUGGCAUUGAAAGGAAGCUGCAACUGCAGGAAUUGGAAUGCCUUCGCCCAGAAGCAUAUGAGAACUUAAGACUCUACAAGGAAAAGGUAAAGGUGGUGCAUGAUAAGAAUAUCAAGAGAAGAGAGUUUAGAGCUGGGGAUUUAGUCCUCCUCUAUGACUCACGGUUGAGACUCAUGCCAGACAAGUUGCUAUCAAGGUGGAAAGGACCCUACAGAGUGGAAAAGAUAGAACCAUAUGGAGUCUUCCACCUGAGUCAUCCUUCGAGCCCCAACUUCUUCAAGGUCAAUAGCUACCGCUUAACAUGGCAAGAAGAUGAAGAACAACAAGAAGCUGGAGAUCUUCUUCUUGGCGGAUCCAGCAACAGCAGAAGACUGAGCUUGUGGACCGUCCAACUUAAGUGUUAA